AUGAGCUCAAACGAGGACCAUUGGGACUCAGUACUUCAUCAUCAAGAGAACACAUCUCAAUCGCAGCAGUCUCCUAAGACUUUUUCCAAGACCGGCAGUGGUGGUGGAUUUCCAGUUGUGCUAGCUUUUCCAAUGUCGAUAAAUCCGGUGGUUGUACCAGUUCCGAUUCAGAAUCCAAUGGAAAACCUAACUCUAGGACAAAAUGAUGUUAAUACAAGUCUGGUCCGUCCGAUUAUUGUUCUUCCUAUUCCUCCCAAGUCAACGAAUCUCAACUUGAAUCUGAAGUCCCUAGUUGAUUCAUCCCCCUUUUCACUGAAGCUCUCCCUGUCAUCCAAUCAGAAUCAUCCAAAUCAACCAUCUAGGCACUCUGCUUUUCAGGCUAUGUCAAGCUUCAACAACGGUGAUAGCAUCAUAAGCGUUGCUUGA